AUGGCUGAAAAUAGUUUAGAUGAUAUUGCUGAAAUUAUUUAUGAAAAGUCAAAUUUAGAUGAUUUAAAAAGAAUGCUCGAUGAUUUUGGUAUUUUCAACGAACAAAGAAAGAUAGUUGAAUCAUUGUUAGAUUCGUUUAUUUCUGAGCAUGUGAAUGAUUAUUCAAUAGGAUACAAAGAUGUAAUGAAACAAUUAGGGGGUAAAAUUCAGGAGAUGGUAUUACAAUAUGCUCCAAAUUUUAUAUUAUUUGAAACAAUAAUAAUGGAGGUUAUAUUAAAAAAUUCGAUGUAUAACCUGUUACAAAUUCAUGAGAACCAACCAUUUGAAAGCACACAAAAAAUGGUAGUUGAAGAAAUGCUUGAUGCAAUUAUAUGGGAUUAUCUAGAUAAAGAUAUAGUUUAUGAAUAUCUUUCGGGUCAAGCUACACCAAAAAUGAUUAAGAUUGAAUUGGGAAAUAAAAUAUGGACUGAGUUACAUUCAUAUGCAUCUGAUUUUCUUUUAUAUAUUGAUAUCAUUGUACAACAAAUCAUCAAUACUUUACGUUUCUAG